CCAAGGAGUCCUUCCACGGCUGUCUCGGGGGUAUGGACAACCUGGGAGAGCCUUUCCUCAACCUGGAGGAUGGCCUUGAUUCUUCGGACACCGUUGGCUUGCUGGCUUCCUGGGACUGGAAGAGCCGAGCCAGGCCCUUGGAGCUGAACCAGGCAUCCCCCACUCAGAGUCUCUCCCCAGUUCCUUCUCUGGAAUCCUACCCUGGGCUUGCACUGCCCUGCGGGCACAGUGGGGCCAGCCCUGGGGGCGGCGAUGGCUACAGCAGCCACGGAGCUGGUGGCCUAGUAGAGCUGGACUACAGCAUGUUAGCCUUCCAACCUGCCUACCUACAAGCCGCUGGUGGUCUCAAAGGCCAGAAGGGCAGCAAAGUCAAGAUGUCUGUCCAGCGGAGACGCAAGGCCAGCGAGAGGGAGAAACUCCGGAUGCGGACCUUGGCAGACGCCCUGCACACGCUCCGGAAUUACCUGCCCCCUGUCUACAGCCAGAGAGGCCAGCCGCUCACCAAGAUCCAGACACUCAAGUACACCAUCAAGUACAUCGGGGAGCUAACAGACCUCCUCAACGGCGAUGGGAGAGAGCCCAGGCCCCAGAGCGUGUGAGUUCUGCCCACUGGGGAAUCCUACCGGUUCCAGACCUGUGAACAGACCUAGAGGAGUUCUGAAGACCCUGAACUUGUCUUCCAGGACAAUAGCACAGUUAUCUGUGGACACUUAGUGUGGCAAUCUGGUGAUCUGCUGAGUUGAACGGGUGAACGGGACUUCCAUCUGACCUGUUGGAGCUGCUGGGACAUUCACCUGCCAGGCAAGCAGGAUACUUCCCGAUAGUCUGGCCAUGUCUACAGUGACUCUCAGCUUUUGCCAAGAGACAUUUUAUUUCAUCCCAUGUCUUUUAAAGGUAUUUGAAAGGGUCAAUAUAGUUUAAAUAUACUCUUUUUGAUAAAGUUAAAUACCUACACUUAUAUUCUCCUACCAUUUUGGUGUUGGGAGUUUUCUUUCUGUUGUAACGGAACUUUUGUACAAGAUCCGAUGUGAAGUUUGGAUUCUUAUUUAGGAAGAUUGUGCUGAGUAAAAAGUUAGUUUUCUCUCUCUCUCUCUCUCUCUCUCUCUCUCUCUCUCUCUCUUCCUCCUGUCGUGUGUGUGUGUG